AUGUGGAGUCUUGGGGCCCUGCUUCUGACCACCUGCCUGGCAGUGAGUGCCAACCCUGUGCCCACACUGCCGGACAACAUCCAAGUGCAAGAGAACUUCGACAUAUCUAGGUUCUACGGGAAAUGGUUCUACGUGGCCACGGGCUCCACCUGCCCCCACCUGGGGAGGUACAAGGACAGGAUGAGCAUGAGCACGCUGAUGCUGGCAGAGGGAGCGACAGAGGGGCAGAUCAGCACGACCAGCACUCGAUGGCGGAGAGGCGUCUGUGAGGAGCUCUCUGGGACCUACGAGAAAACGGACACUGCCGGGAAGUUCCUCUAUCACAGAACUAUUAAAUGGCCCAUCACCAUCGAGUCCUAUGUGGUCCACACCAACUAUGAUGAGUAUGCCAUUAUUCUGAGCAAGAAAAACAGCCGCCACCACGGACCCACAAUUAUCGCCAAGCUCUACGGGCGGGAGCCGCAGCUCCGGGAGAGCCUGCUGCAGGAGUUCAGGGAGGUCGCCCUGAGUGUGGGCAUCCCCGACGACUCUAUCUUCACCCUGGCCAACAGAGGGGAGUGUGUCCCUGGGGAGCAGCAACCGGAUCCCACUUCAGCCCCAAGAGCCCGGCGGGCUGUGCUGCCUCAGGAACAGGAAGGCUCGGGGGCUGGGCAACUGGUCACUGGUUUGAUGAAGAAAGAAGAUGCCUGCCAGCUGGCCUACGCUGAAGGUCCUUGCCUCGGGAUGGUCAGCAGGUAUUUCUAUAACGGCUCGUCCAUGGCCUGUGAGCCUUUCCAAUAUGGCGGCUGCAUGGGCAACAGCAACAACUUUGUCACGGAGAAGGAGUGUCUGCAGACCUGCAGAACCGUGGCGGCCUGCAACCUCCCCAUAGUCCCCGGGCCCUGCCGAGCCUUCAUCCAACUCUGGGCGUUCGAUGCCGCCCAGGGGAGGUGCGUCCACUUUCAGUACGGGGGCUGCCAAGGCAACGGCAACAAGUUCUACUCGGAGAAGGAGUGCAAGGAGUACUGCGGUGUCCCUGGCGACGGAGACGAGGAGCUGCUGCGCUUCACCAACUGA